AUGCAGGGUGAGGGCAGGGCUGUGAGAAAGAAUGAGGCGCAGCGUCACACCCUGCAAGACCUACCGGCGCAGACACAGGAGAGAGAGAGGAGAGAGAGAGAGAGAGCGAGAGAGAGAGAGAGAGAGAGAGAGAGAGAGAGAGAGAGAGAGAGAGAGAGAGAGAGAGAGAGAGAGAGAGAGAGAGAGAGAGAGAACGAGAGAAAGGGAACAGGAAAACCAGGGCAGGAAGGGGAAAAUAUGGAGAUGACACGGCACGACACCGAGACAGCUGCUGCCUCUGAUGCUGCCACGGCCACUGCAGCAGUGAGGGCGGGCGCAGGCAGCAGCGGCUUCAAGUGCGCCACCCAGGGGAAGAGUGCCUCCACAGGGGGGCCGGUGGGAGGCAGGGCGCGGGAGGAGGGGGAGGGUGAUGGCGAUGGCAGGGUGGCGUGUGCUGGGGAGGCUGCUGUGUGGCGUGCCAGUGUUGCCACUGCUGACACACUGAGGGGGACGCCGUGGGGACGGGGAGCGAGAGGUGGAAGAAGGGAGAAGCGGAAGGUGUGA